GCCCCGCCCCCUUGUAGCGGCAGUUUCUUUUCGCUUUUCCCCGUUUGUCCUGGCAAACGAUACGAGCUGCUCAUGACUCCCGCCAGCGCGCUCUGUUCCCGCGCGCACCCGUGGCGCGCACUCUCCCGCGGCACCGCUGUCUGCUCUGGCGAUGCCCGGUGAUUGCCAAUCCCGUUCUCUGGGCCCGACCGCAUGUUGGGGUCGGAAUCCUCGCCGCCGCCGCCGCCGCCGCCUUCUGCUGGCUCUCGGGGCAGCGGAGAUGGUACUCGGGGGUCUGAUCGUGGCAGUCAGCUGCGCCGCUCUGGCGCUCACCUCCUCGGCCAGGGUCAGGCAUUCAUGUCCUUUCUGGGCCGGUUUCUCGGUGCUUUUAUCAGGGCUAAUUGGUGUUGUUUCCUGGAAAAGACCCAUCUCCCUGGUGAUUACCUUCUUCAUGCUGCUGUCAGCUGUGUGUGUGAUACUGAACCUGGCUGGCUCCAUCCUUUCCUGUCAGAAUGCUCAGAUGGUGACCUCCCUGGAGAAGUGUCACCUGUAUAAAUUUGAUGGUGAUGGUGUGUGUGUUUGCUGUGAAAUUCAGGAGCAAACAAAAGGCUGCAGCAGCUUUACUGAAACACUGAAACUUAACCCAUUCCGACAGUGUGGCAUAGUGCAUCUAGCUUUAAAGGAUCUUUUAUUCAGCAUCUGUGCACUGAAUGUUAUCUCUACCAUCAUAUGUGCCUUGGCGACUGUGAUAUGCUGUAUGCAGGUGGCCACAGCUGAUAUUGUGCAGAUGCUUAUUCCACAGAGAGUUCCAAAUCCUGAGUGCGCGUCUCCCCAUGGUACAGUUCUGCAGCAACCACUGGAUUUUGACGAGUUCAUCCCUCCUCUACCACCUCCGCCAUACUAUCCUCCAGAAUAUACCUGUAGCCCAGGAGCUGAGACCCAGAGAAACUUGCACCUGGACUUCCCUCCCUCCCCCUUCAGCACCAUUAACAGCCCCAGCUGCCUCUACCCUGCAGAGCUGCCUCCCCCAUAUGAAGCUGCAGUUGGACAAAUCUCUACUAAUCAGGGCAGCACACUGGAUCACCACAGCUCAGAGUCUUCGCAGAAUUCCAGUUCCAGUCUGUCUGAGAGGAAUAUCUUCACAGCCUUCAGUACACAAGUGCCUGUGGACAAUGUCUUGCUGACAUUGUGUGAAUCUGCUGAUAUCCUAGAACAAAAUGGCAUGUCCAUGGAUUGCUGUUCAGUUGAAAUUCAGGAAUCUGUACACUCUGCAGCCAGUGUGAUACCUGCCACAACCACAGACCAUGGUUGCACCAGUUUGGAGGCUGAUAUUGGGGGGCAAUGCAGGACUUAUUCAGAAAGUUUCUGUGAGGAGGGAAACAAUUCACCAGAUCUGUCACUGGGCUCUGUAAGCUGGCAAGAGCACAGAUUGUCAGAAUGUUCUGCAGUGAGUUCCAACACAGUGGAGAAAAUCCUCCAAACACCAUCCCAGGCCUGCACUUUAUCACUCAAACAAAUUAAAAUGUGCUGUGGAGUCUUCAGGCAGUCCUCAUCUGCCACUGUGCCUGACAGAGUCAGGCGACCCGCUCAACAGAAGACUGGUGGGAACAGAAUAAUCCGAUCUAGUAGUGAUCCUGCCUCCUGCACGUCUACAAAAGCUCAUUAUCAUGAACUUCAUUUUGUCACUUUGAGCCAUCUUGCCAAACGUUUCCAGUCGAUAAAACAGCAGAGUUACAUGGUGAAGAUGGAUGGGCACGGAGAGCAGCAAGCACUGCAGGAAGUCUCUAGGGAGCGACCCCACUCUCUUGUUGACCUGAAAGCCUACAAGGACACAAAAAUAUUGGUGGCUAAAUUCUUGCAGCAUUCAAACUGCAACCUUGCUCCUGAGGUACAACAUAUAAUCAACAGCAUCCGAUCUGUCAUCAGGUUAGAUGAGCAACACAUGGAGGAAGCUAUUUAUAGUGCCAACAUCAUUGACCAGGUGAUGACAAGUUCUCAACCAAUGAAUGUGAUAAGUUUGCGAUUACAGGAGAAUCUUCACCUUCUUAGCUGUGGUGAUGUCAGCUCACCAACAGCUUCAGUAUGGACUGUCCAAGUAGACCACAGAUUUGAACAUGAGCAGCCACAGUUUAGUUUGAUAGAUGUGUGCAAAGAGACAAUUCUGUGAGACCUGCUGUGUGGAUUGUGCCAUUUCAGAUUAAAAGAAUGUGGACAGGCAAGGGACAGAUUGGUCUACAUUCAAACUUGGAGCUAAAUAUCAACUUUCCUAAGGUCAGCACAGUGGCUCAAUGCUGCUACACAAUGCCAGGGACCUGGAUUUGA